AAAAAUGUGUUGUCUUUCCCAGGAAUCAUCAAAGUUGUAGUGUACUGAAGACAGUGUCUGUACCCAGCGCAGGAUUACAUGCUGUAGAAUACUUCCACGCAACAACACAAAUGGGACUGGUGUUCAUAGUUCUGAUAUGCCAAGCCUUAAAACAAAAGGAUCUUGGGCAUGGCUGUUUCAUUAUUGCACUCAAUCCAAUCAACAACAGACUUMAAAGUCUAUUCAGAUGUUUAUCUGAUUCUCACAGUCUUGUUCAGACUGGAAGUGGUUGUGGUCAAUACAUAGCCUUGGGGUACAACAAUGGGAACGUAGGUCUUUGGAAUAUUGUUUCUUCCCAAACAGCUGUGAAUAUACCUGUCUUUAAAGGUUGUGUUGACUGCAUUAGUUUUCAUCCUACAAGACCAAUUGUUGCAUUUGGUGGUCCACAAGGAUGCGUUCAUCUGUACUCACUACGCUAGAUAAGAAAACCGCUGUCAUCAGAAGGUCAUUUAUCAAAAAUAUAGGAUUGGAAAUAGAGUACUUAAUAUUAAAAUAUGAACAUGAUGAAAACCCCGAGAACUGAUGACUUCAAAAAAAAAAAAAAAAAAAAAAAAAAAAAAACCCAAAAAA